AUGCCUACAUAUUUACUCCAUGGUUUUCGCUGGCCGAGGCCAUUAAUCCGCAUCCACAUCAUUCUCCAGAACCUCGACGACGCUGCGGCAGAAUGGCUCGUUGCGCCGGAAACCACACGCACAAUGUUGCAGAAUUUCCACGAUCUAUACCCGGACCUUAUCCAGCAUCUACCUAACCUACGCUUCGUGGAGCAAUAUGAUGCGAACGAUCUGACUGCAAGUGCUGCUAGCCAGCCUUACGCCUAUGUCGCGGAUAAGGUUGAAGAGGUGAAACUGGGUGUUUGUGUUGACGAUGUUACGACGAAGGGCAUUGGGAACGAGCAGUGGAGCGCUAUGCUUGAGUUGAGGGAUCGGGUCGCGCCGGAGGAGAAGGUUGGGUGGUAUGUUGUUGUGUGCGGCGAUGAGGAGAGGUGGGCACCGUCUACUAUUGGGCAGCUGGAGGCUGGUGUCCGGCAGGGAUCCAUACAACGGUCUUCUGACGGGCACAGCUACGGUGGUGGCGAUAAAGACGCGCAAACGCCGCCAGAGGAGAAAGAAGAGAAGGGGUUCCGUAAGCUGUUCGGCUCUACGAAGCUUGGAAAGCGCAAGAGUCGCACCAACGUUACAUCAAUGCAGUCUUCCACCUCAACUACCGACCCGCGCAGGUCUAACCAGUCAUUUACGGGUGCCGAGGCGCCUCACGUACCGGGCCCGGGCACGGCCGCGUGA